GCCCUUCAAAAGUGUCACUUUUCGAUUUGUGCGAAGUCGUGUGUCGCGUUAUUUAUCAUGACAUAGAAAAUAUUUGCAUUAACAAUCGUUCACGGAUACCUUGAUUUAAUACAAUGUUUACUCACGCUUAAUUAACGGUGUCAUGUAAAUAGACUGUGGAGUUGUAGAGUUGUCUAAAGGGCUGAUAAAUGGGUGAAGUAUUAGUGCAAUUGUGUGAAGUGCAUCAAGAGUAACGAUGGAUCGGCGCUGUUCACAGUCCGUCCGGACACUCGUGUUCGACGAUUCAGACUCUGAUCCGCCUAAAAUCGGACAGAAGAAGGAUCUGGUGUCGACUGCGGCUCCCUUGUCGUUGAACCAGAGCGCUGAAGAUGCGACAAAGACUCCCCGCACGAACCUUGUGCGCAUGCGCAGGUCCGCUCUCGGGAAGUCCGCGCCGACGCUCUCUAUUCACGUCAAGGAGCCGUGCGCGGCGUCUCGGCGGCCGUCGAGGCUGCCGCCGCCGCCCCCGCAUCACCGGCUUUCACUAGUGGUUGAGGAUUACUCAUUAUAUUAG